AUGACAAAAGACGACAUUGCAAUCGUAGGUCUAUCCUAUAGAUUUCCUGCAGAGGUCGAAGAUGAGUUUCAAUUCUGGGACAUUCUUGAAAAUCGUAGAAGCAUGAUGUCAGAAUGGCCAAAACAUCGCAGCAAUGUCGGCGCCUUCUAUGAUGCGAAUCUUAACCCAAGCAACAAACUUGGCUCUCGAGGCGCUCAUUUUCUGAGUCAAGACCCGGCCAUUUUCGAUGCUCCGUUCUUUUCGAUUACAAGGAACGAGGCCAUCGCGAUGGAUCCUCAACAAAGAUAUGCGCUGGAGGCUUCAUACCGAGCAUUUGAAAAUGCCGGCUUGCCCUUGGAGUCCCUAAGCGGAUCACGCACUGCAGUAUUCAGCUCCUCUAUGUUAGACGACUAUGCAAGAUUAUUCGCUAAGGAUCCAGAUGACAUGCCGCGGAUGGCUGUUACGGGGUGCGCGUCCUCAGCAGCUGCCAAUAGACUAAGCUGGUAUUUCGAUCUGUUGGGACCUAGCGUACAUGUCGACACUGCCUGCUCUAGCAGCCUCGUAGCGAUUGACUUGGCAUGCCAGUCUAUACAUAAUAGCGGCGCAACUGCGGCUUUAGUGACCGGAACCAACUUGAUUCUAGGACCAGAAAGCUCAAUACUUCUUUCCAACCAAAACUUCCUCUCCCCAGAUAGUCUCUGCUACAGCUUUGACUACCGCGCAAAUGGCUAUUCUCGGGGUGAAGGAGUCGUGGCAGUUGUUUUGAAGCCUGUAUCAGCUGCUAUAUCGAACGGCGACAUGAUUCGCGCGGUUAUCCGCUCUACAGGUUCCAACCAGGAUGGACGAACUUCGCACCUGACGCAACCAAACGUGAACUCUCAAGAAGCACUAAUUCGCGAAGUGUAUCAAAAGGCUGGUCUUGGUUUGGAGCAAACGCGUUACGUCGAAGCCCACGGAACUGGGACACCGGUUGGCGAUCCAGUUGAACUGGAGGCUAUUGGAAGGAUACCAACUGGGAGGAUCCCCUGGCCUCAAGAUGGAGUUCGGCGUAUUUCCGUCAACUCGUUCGGUUUCGGCGGUACGAAUACUCAUAUAAUCCUAGAUGAUGCUUGCAGCUAUAUGCAAAUGCAGAAACUGAACGGCCAUCAUUGCACAUCCUCUCCAGUCCUAACUGAUGAAGCAAGUCACGCAAUGACCCAGGCGGCAGGAUUCAUCCAAAAUUCGCACGAAGACUAUCACAUCCCUUUGUCACCCACUGCAACAAAUGAAACGUGUCUCAGGCUCGAAGAGAAUCCCCAAUCGGUUCGUACCACAGGUCUGUCGACAAACGGCGCGGGUCAUCAAUUCGAAGGCAGCCGGAGCGGAGCAGCAUCGCUUAAGAGUACUGUAGAUCCCGUAUCUCUUACUCGGCUCCUUGUUUGGACAGCACCGAACAAGAAAGCACUUAAGAGAGUCACAGAGGGUUACAACAUCUACCUUCAAAGUAAGCUAGUAUCAAACCCCAAGAUCAUUGAUGAGUUGGUAUACACGUUGGCGAAACGCCGGAGUCACAUGCCGUGGCGCACUUUCGCCGUUGUAGACGCCAGGAAAUACAAGCAAGAGGAUUGCCUAUCUCCAGCCAUCGCAGUUCGGGCCUCUAACGAAGCGGGACUGGCCUGGGUCUUCACGGGUCAGGGGGCUCAGUAUGAAAGGAUGGGCUACGAACUUCUCCAAUAUCAGACGUUCAGCAAAACAAUCAAGAACAUUGAUAGUAUUUACCAGAAUCUCGGCUGCACAUGGUCGAUAUUUGAUGAAAUCAAAUGUGGAAAGAAUAUCGACAAACCUCAAUACAGCCAGCCUCUAUCCACAGCACUGCAGAUUGCUUUGACCGAUUUAUUAUUCAGCUUUGGCAUUUGCCCUAUGGCUGUCAUUGGCCAUUCCUCUGGAGAAAUUGCAGCUGCAUAUGCGGUGGGAAGCUUAUCACUGAAAUCAGCUUGCAAGGUAUCAUACUUCAGAGGCCAAUUAGCGGGCAAACUCCAAGCUUUAGGUUUACGACGAGGAGCCAUGCUAUCAGCCAACUUGAGAGCGAGCCAGGUCCCAGAUUAUCUCUCCAAGUUCAAGCCGAGCAUACAAGGUUCAGUACAUGUCGCAUGCAUUAACAGUGCUUAUAAUUGCACGUUAUCAGGAGAUGAAGCAGCGAUUAAUAUUGUCAUGAAACAGCUGCACCGAGACGGUACAUUUUGCCAAAUCCUCAAGACCGGUGUCGCCUAUCAUUCGCCAGCCAUGGAGGAGCUAACGCUAGACUAUCUGCGGUUGAUGGGUCCGUUGGAAUCAUGGAUGCCGCGUAAGAACAUCGACACCGUCAUGAUAUCUUCUGUUACUGCGGAGGCCAUUUCUGCCAGCUCACUAGUUGACCCUAAUUACUGGGUUGAGAAUAUGGUCUCUCCUGUCAAAUUUUCUGACGCUCUGAGCUGCCUUUUGUCAAAGCCAGCGUCACUACAGUCAGGUAUCCGAUUGGUCUCAGACAUUGCUGAAAUAGGACCACACUCUGCACUGCGCCGCCCAAUUCAGGACAAUCUGGAUCAAACACGUCAGGUACAAUAUUCAUCAGUUCUGUACAGGUUCAAGCCUGCACACGAAGCUUUGUUGGAAUUCUUGGGGAACUUGUUUUGCCGGGGGCAUCAAGUGUCGAUUCCUAUAGGAUAUGAACAAACUCCGCCCAAAGGUAUUGCACCUCUGGUUGACUGUCCUCAGUAUCCAUUUGACCGCUCGGAAAGAUAUUGGGCUGAGUCUCGACUAAGCCGCGAUUACCGGCUUCGAGAAGCGGGAGGCGAGUUGCUGGGUUGGCGUUUCCAUGAUUGGAACCCUCUAGAGCCUAGAUGGAGAAACUUCUUGAGUACCGAGUCUUCUCCCUGGAUUGGCGACCAUGUGGUAUCCGGUGCUGUUGUUUUCCCGGGCGCUGGCAUGAUUUUGAUGGCACUUGAAGCUGUCAACCAGAUGUCUCAUUCUGAGCGCAUAGUCUCGGGGUUUUACAUCAAAAGCGCCCACUUCUCUGAAGCAAUAAUGCUAAGCGAAAGUUCAACACAGAAAACAGAAACCAUGGUUCAUCUGAUACCCACGAUGAAUCAAUACGAAAAAGAAGCGCUCUGGUCUAAUGUUAAGAUAUUCUCAUUCUACAAUGAUCGGUGGCACAAAUGCUUCCAAGCAAUGAUCCAGAUCCAAUACAAUGAUACAGCGCAACAAGUUGACAAUGGCUUGGAAAGACGCCUGGCUAACUUGAAGAUUUCUGACGAGAUGAAGCUUGCAUUACAAGACUGUACAAAACCUGUGGAGCGAGAUGCCUUCUACAAAUAUUGUUCGGAUCAUGGUAUUAACUAUGGGAAAUCAUUCAGACUCCUGGACCAAAUCAGAUGGGACGGGCAUGAGACGGCCGUCGCUGACGUCGAUGUAUCUGGAGAUCACCAUCAUACUUCCAGCAUAGUGCAUCCAGUGAUUCUUGACACAGCGUUUCAACUCAUGAUAGCACCUGGUUCGAAAGGCCUACUGGAUCACACUGCCACGAAUGUGCCAUAUCGCCUCUCUGAUGCUUGGUUCUCUGCUUCUGGCUGGAAACCUCCUAACACAACGUCACUCCGCUACUUGACCAAAGUAGAGGAUGAAGCUAGAGGUUUCCGAGGAGAAAUCCAGGUUGUUUCUGAUAACGGUUCGCCACUUUGUUUAAUCAAAAAGCUGAGAAUGAGAGUUGUGGCAGAAAGAAAGCCGGAUCAGCAUGCAGCGGAUUGCCUUCUACACCGUGUUGAGUGGGCACCCGCCCUGGGGUUGCUCAACGAGCCAGGGUUGAAGUACGCUUGCGACGCACAAACUUACAUGACAGACCAAACGGCAAUGCAAAAAUACCGCAUCAAUCUUGAUUCGGUCCUCGACAUGGUCAUCCACCGGACUCAUGCGCAGCUUUCUGAGCAGGAUCGACAAAAUGUGCCAGGCUUUCUGCAGGGAUAUCUAAGGUGGAUAGACCACUAUGUUCAUCAUACCCCUGCAGCAACAGCCUUGGAGAAACUUAGUGAUGAAUCACUAGAACUUCAGCUUCGAAAUGUUGAGGAGUUAAGACCUGCCUGGAGGCUCAUCCCUGUGGUUGCUCGCAAUUUGAUCUCCAUUCUUCGUGGAGACAUAGACCCUUUGCAGAUUGCUUUCGACACAAAGCUAGCAGAGAUAUUUUACGCGGACUUCUUUGAUAUGAUGUGCGACCACAGACUACGAUCGCUUAUGCACCUGAUCUCACACGAAAAUCCAUGCUCGCGUUUUCUAGAGGUUGGUGCCGGCACAGGAGGCGUUACGUCUCGUCUCUUGUCGAUCUUGAAGCAGUCAGAGAAGAGCUCAGGAGGCGUCCGAUUUUCCCAAUACACAUAUACCGACAUUUCCCCUGUGUUCUUCGAAGAUGCCCGAGUGAAGUUUUCGGAAUUUGGGGAUCGGAUGAUCUACAAGGCCUUCGAUAUCGAUCAACCGGCCGGUGAUCAAGGCAUUGACACAGAUGCGAAGUACGACAUUAUCAUUGCUGGAAGUGUCUUGCAUGCAACAAGAGAUCUAACAGUUACAAUUCAGAACCUCCGGCAGCUUCUUAGCCCCGGUGGCUAUCUCAUUAUUCUUGAGAUUACGAAGAAUUUAGACAUUGCUAUGAACUUCACCUUUGGCGUGCUUCCCGGAUGGUGGUCUUUCCGAGACGAGUGGAGAGUUCUCUCGCCGACGGUUGAUGAGCCCAUCUGGGAUGAGCUACUGAAGCAGAAUGGAUUCUCUGGAAUUGAUGUUUCCAUUAGAGAUUUCGAAGAUGAGAGUUGCCACUUAGCAAGUAUUAUGCUGUCAAAGGCGAUAGAGCUGUGCUCAGACAUAUCCUCCAAUGGGGAGGCCUUGCUCAUUAUUAAUCCACAAUCCACAGGGCAAGUUGACCUAGCAACCCAUGUUCAACAUCGGUUGCACAGUCUAUACAACUACAAGGUAGAUGUCACCUCAAUCCAAAAGACAGCGGAUCGCAAUCUAGAUGCGCAUACCAUUGUUAUAUGUCUGGUUGAGAUCGAGGCGCCUUUAUUGGCAUGUCUUUCUGAGGAAUCAUUCCAGUCUGUCAACGAUCUCGUCACACGCACGAAAAAGUUGCUUUGGAUCACGUCAACAGACUUGUGCAGCCCGAAUUACUCGUUCUAUGGUUUCAUUCAGGGAUUCCUAAGAGCUAUAUCGACAGAGUCACCUGAGAAACAUAUCGUUCAGCUUGCCAUCGAAUCUAGCAGAGUCACCACGGAGGUCGCCACUGAAUACAUAAUUCAGGUGUUCAAAGCCGCCUUCCACAUGAAUUGUUCAGAGUCUGAGUAUAUUGUUCGAGACGGCCUGAUAGCGACUGGUAGACUGGUAGAAGAUGUCUCUACAGAUGAGCGGAUGCGAUCUCUCACCUACCCACGGGCAAGGACUGAGCCUUUGCAUACCGGGCCACCAACAAAGCUCGUCGUCGGAGCUCGUGGUGAUCUGGAAACUUUGCGAUUUAUCGAGGACGAUGAGUUCCGGCUCGCGCUAGCUCCAAGUGAGAUAGAAGUGGAACCGAAAGCAUGGGGCUUGAGCUUCAGAGACUUGUUUUUUGCACUUGGCAGAUUGAAAGGAGAUGAGUGGGGGCUGGGAUCUGACUGUGCUGGUAUCGUGACACGUGUGGGCGCUUCCUGCAAGUCUACUAUACAACCUGGAGAUCGGGUAUGUCUGGCCCAUUUUGGUAGCAUGCGCACCUUGUUACAGACACCGCCGACUCUGAUCACCAAAAUUCCCGACUCGAUGUCAUUCGAGGAGGCAGCCUCGAUUCUGACGCCUGGUAUUACGGCAUACUACGCCUUGGUCAAGGUGGCUCGACUGCAGAAAAACGACAAGAUUUUGAUACAUUCCGCCGCCGGCAGUACUGGGCAAAUGGCGGUAUGGAUUGCCAAAAUGAUUGGUGUCGAAGUGUUCGCUACUGUCGGAUUUGAUGACAAGAAGCAGCUCCUAGUUGAGCAAUUCGGCAUCCCGGAAACGCAUAUACUUUACAGCCGAAACUCAACGUUCAAGCAGGGUAUCAUGCGGAUGACUAACGGGUAUGGCGUCGAUGUAGUUCUGAACUCUUUAUCGGGGGAUGGACUGAUAGCGUCAUGGGAGUGCAUUGCCCCGGGAGGACGAUUCCUUGAAAUUGGUAAAGCCGACAUUGGAGCAAAUUCGUCACUACCGAUGGCUCAGUUUGCCAAAAACGUUACUUUUUCAGGUAUUGACCUUGCUCAAAUCGCCACGUCUAAUAAGCAGCUACUGGCAAAGUUGCAGCAGGAAACGCUAGAUCUCUUGACAAAAGGCGCUAUACGUAGUCCUACCCCGCUGAACUUGUUCUCAGCAUCGAAUAUAGAGGACGCAUUCCGAUUGAUGCAGAGUGGACGGAAUACAGGACGCAUCAUCGUUUCACCGCGACCUUCUGAUGUGGUUCAGAAAUACUCGGCCCAGAAGAGCAACUGGCGAUUGAGCGAACACAGAUCCUAUCUUGUAGCUGGCGGAUGGGGCGGUCUUGGCCGCGAAAUCCUGAAGUGGCUGGUGGAGAAGGGCGCAAUGUAUCUAAUUGUGCCUUCGAGAUCUGGAGGUUCAUCAAAGGAGGCCUCAGAGGUUAUGACUGAACUCCUCGCUCGGGGUGUUACUAUUGUGGCUCCAACAUGCGAUGCAUCGUCAACUGAGUCUUUAUCGAAUGCCCUGAAAGAAUGUAGCAAAAUGCCUCCCAUAUCAGGAUGCAUCAAUGCGGCAAUGGUAUUACAGGACGCCAUUUUCAGCAACAUGAAAUUCGAGCAAUGGAAUCUCACAAUCAGGUCGAAGGCUUAUACGUCUUGGAAUCUACAUAAACUGCUGCCGCAAUCACUCGACUUUUUUGUACAGCUAUCAUCACUUUCCGGCAUCACAGGAGGUAUCGCGCAGUCCAAUUAUGCCGCAGGCUGCACCUUUCAAGACGCACUGGCUCGCUAUCGUACUUCUUGUGGCGCCAAAGCUGUAUCAUUGGACCUUGGAUGGAUGCAAGACAUUGGCAUCAUCGCAGAGAAUGAAGCUUAUAAAAGGCAGCGUGAGAAUGCCGCGGACAUGCGACAGAUCCAGACAGCCGAGUUCCUCUCAAUACUCGACGUCUUUUGCAACCCAGGACUACCAGUGCUUCCGGUCGCUGAAUGCCAGGUAUUAAUCGGUCUCAUGUUGCCGACACAUCGACUUACUGAAGGACUUGCCCCUGUCCCGACGAUGCAGAAGCCAUUGUAUGCAGGAUUUUCACAAUUCAAAAGCGGAUCUCUCUUGCCCAAUCAAUCGGCGCCAGAUCAAGAGAAUUCAACCCUGUUGUUCAAACAGGCAUCUAGCACCGAAGAGCGUAUAACAGUUGUCAUUGCGGCCCUAGCCACGAAACUAGGAAGGGCUUUGUCAAUAUCUACAGAUGAUGUGGACUCCAGCAAACCUCUUUCAAGUUAUGGUGUCGACUCACUGAUGGCGGUCGAGCUACGCAAUUAUAUCGGCAAGACCUUCCAAGCCGAAGUUGCUGUGUUCGAAAUUACGGGUGGCACAGCUAUUCAGAGUAUUGGUCGUUUGGUUGUAGAUAGGAGUCUAGCCUAA